AUGUCUCAAACAACAGCAAUUCCAAAGGGCUCCCUGAUUCUUGUGACGGGAGCCAAUGGCUACAUCGCUUCCAAUAUUGUCGAUCUCUUAUUAGAGCUAGGCUACCGAGUCCGCGGGACCGUUCGCGAGCACAAGCCGUGGCUGACUGAACUCUUUGAGAAAAGACAUGCCAAGGGCCUAUUCGAGACGGUUGUCACAGCCAACAUGGAGGAGCCAGGAGCAUUCGACGAGGCCAUGCAAGACGUGGCCGGGGUCAUCCACGUCGCUUCCAUUGUCUCUAUGAAUCCGGACCCUAGCGCUGUUAUUCCCAAUGUGGUGAGAGGGACGGAAAACAUACUCACAAGUGCGUCGAAGCACCCAGCGAUAAAAAGAUUCGUCUUGACUUCGUCUUCAACCGCGGCCCUCAUCCCGAAACCCAACGAGAAAUGUACCGUGACAGAGGGUAUGUAUUUCGCUGUUGCCAUUGCGUCACAAGAGCCCGUUGAUCCCAACUUACAGUUAGAUACGUGGAACGAUGAUGCGGUCAAGGCUGCGUGGAGCGAGAGCACGCCGGCCGCGCAAAAGCCCUACGUGGUCUACGCAGCGUCAAAGACGGAGGGUGAGCGAGCUGCAUGGAACUGGAUGAGAGAAAAUAAGCCGCAUUUCGUCAUGAACACGGUUUUACCCAACGUCAACGAUACGGCCCGUCUUCACGUCAUUGGGCUUCUCGAUCCAGCGGUGAGAGACGAGCGCUUAUUUGCGUUUGCGGGCCCUCAUAACUGGACAGACGUUAUUCAAGUAUUCCGUAGACUUUGUCCACAGAGCAAACUCCCCCCGGCCCCAGAGAAUGAGGGCCGCGAUUUGAGUGAUGUGAAGCCCGCCAAGAGGGCUGAGCAACUACUCAGGGAUUUUUUUGGGUUGCCAGGCUGGACAAGUCUGCAAGAUAGUCUCGCCGACGGUAUUGACGGCUUUGAUGAGUCGGAUGCUCCGGGUCCGUGA